AUGUUCGACUCCUACCAAUUCAGCGCAGCAGGCCCCUCGCUUGGCUUCAGACUCCCCCCCUCUGCUUUCUUCAAACUGCCCGGCUCUCAACCGAUCAGUCUCAUUCCUCCUGCCAACGAGCCAUCUCUCGCGCAGCCAUUCCAAAUCCCAGCGGGUCUCUACGCACAACUCCUCGAUUACCGAGUACCUCUCACCAUUGGAAGCAUCUACGCGACCAGUGUUAUCCUGUUGAACCGCGUCAAUAAAUCGCGCGGAUACAAACCUUGGGCUAUUAGCAAGACGAGUUGGUUCAAGCUGUUGGUGAUUCUGCACAAUGUCUUCCUCGCUGUUUACUCUGCAUGGACCUGCGUGGGCAUGUGGCGGGCACUGCGCCAGUCAAUUCCCCGCUUCAACAACGAAUUCGGUGCUGUGGGUGUGAUUGAUGGUUUCUGUCGAGUCGCUGGCCCUCGUGGUCUGGGAAAUGGCGCCAUUUACAACGCUUCAGACGAUACAUGGCUAAUGCCCAACCCUGAGUACUCAUUGGCGGCCAAUGGACUUCCUGAUCCUACCGAUGCUGGCCGUCUGUGGAACUCGGGUCUGGCUUAUUAUGGCUGGAUUUUCUACCUCUCCAAGUUUUACGAAGUGAUUGAUACUGCAAUCAUCCUGGCCAAGGGCAAGAAGAGCUCAACUUUGCAAACUUACCACCACACCGGUGCCAUGAUGUGCAUGUGGGCUGGUAUCCGCUACAUGGGACAGCCGAUCUGGAUCUUUGUCCUGGUCAACUCCUUCAUCCACUCCCUGAUGUACAGCUACUACACCCUCACAGCGCUGCACAUUCGUGUCCCCAAUGCCAUCAAGCGCUCUCUCACCACCAUGCAGAUUACGCAGUUUGUCUUUGGUACCUUUGCCGCCAGCUCGUACAUGUUUGUGCGCUACUCGAUCCCUGUAACUGUCUCCCGCGCCGUGUCCUUGGAGCGUCUUUCCAAGGCCAUUCCAGCCGCUGCCUCUGCCGCUGAGUCUGGAAUCGCCGCCGCAACUGCAACCGCCGGUGUUAUGCCGUGGUUGAAGAAAUUUGCAUUCCGUGCCGCCGGCGCUGAGGGCAUUGCAGAGAACGUGCUCAACGCUCAGGGCCAACACUUUGGCGCCGACGCAUUGAACGCCGCUCGCUUCUCUCAAGCCAAGCAACAGUCGGAAAACGCCAUUCUCUACGAGACAAUCGACUGCGUCGACAACAGCGGCCAAGCGUUCGCCAUCUGGUUGAAUGUCAUGUACUUGCUCCCCUUGACCUACCUCUUCGCGCGCUUCUUCGUCAAGUCGUAUCUCCGCCGUAAGGAACCCGCUCAGCAGAAAGCCGGUACUCAGAUCCAACAAGUCGAAAAGGCCGGUCUUGACGCUUUGAAGGGCGUCAGCCGUGAAAUCCGUCGUGCAGCUUUGGAGCAAAACGGCGACGGCGAUACCUCCGCCACCGACGAGGAUUUCUCCAACGAAAGAAUCCAGAAGCUUGCUUCAACCACACUUGCCAGCGAGACGAAGAAAAAUGGCUCUGAAGCUGUGCCACCCAAACGUCGCUCGAAACGCGGCGAGGCUUAG